CCCGCGGUCGAUGCCGGUGGUGGAGGGGGAUGGGCGCCUCUGCGAAUGUGAGGACCCUAGACAGAACCAGAGCCCUGUACCACAUAGAGCAGCCUAUAACCCAUUUUAUGAAUAUCGACUAUAAAUAAACAAACACUCGCAAAUGGAGUAAACCAACGGGGAUCUGUCAUGUACACUCAAUGGAAGCACUGCACCCGUGCUGGACAGGGAUUUUAACUUUUUGCCCAUGCGUGGGGAACAUUGAGAAGUUUGUUUGCCACCUCUGGAGAGGGAGCUACUUUUAAGGGGCAGAGAAUACAGGAGAUACCGAGGCCGUGGCACAGGCCUAGUGGUCUGGCUGGAUUUUUAUGGUGGAUUACUCGGAAAUUCUGCCCCGCAGUACAUGAGAUCAUCUCAUUUGUCCUGGUUUGGAAUGCCUCUUUAGGUCUCCUCAUGUCCGUGAGCCGUGAGCUGCGGCUCAGCGGCGCCCCACCCCUGGAGUGGUCUUUCGCUGUAGUUCGGACCCUGUGAUCCCCUCCUCAUCUUUCCCCUCUCCUUCCCCUCUCCCGUCCCUCCCCUCCCCUCCCCCUCCUCCUCUCCCCUCUUCCCCCCCCCUCCCGCGCGUCGCUGUGCUGGACGUCAUGAGCAUAGUAAUCGCGCUGGGAGUCACCACACCUGAAACGUCUUACUCAGAUAUGGCUGCUGGAUCAGACCCUGAGUCAGUGGAAGCAAGUCCUGCUGUGAACGAGAAAAACUACAACAACCACAGCUGUGGGAGUGCACAGAGUCAUGGGUAUCGGGGGCUACCUUAUGCUAUGCAACAGUCUUCCGUUGUGUGUUGUCAGGAUCACAACUAUGGCGCGCCCCCUCCCCCCACCCCACCCGCCUCCCCGCUCUCCCAAACCAUCAUUCCCCGCAUGGAACUCAAUGGCGUGUUACGCGGCUCCCGCUAUCACGGCGCCCCCGAGGACAACUCAGCAGACAGCGACAGCUCCUCAGAGGAGGACGAGGUCGUGGCCGGGUGGUGCCGCUGCAGCCUGACACAGGAUGGCCGGCUUAUCAAGUGUGAGAGCUGCAGGGAACUGGACAGGAGGAAAGGAACAGAUGCCCAUCACAGGAAACCAGAAAAUGUCUCAGUUGGAGAGAGCAGUGCCACAGAGAGUGGUGAUGAAGAAGUGUCUCCCUCCACUGUCUCCUACACAGCCACGCAGCACACGCCCACCAGCAUCACACUCACUGUCAACCGUGUCAAAAGGAACAAAUCCAAAAAGAGGAAGAAGAGCACGGAAAAGGCUCGAGGAGCCCCUAAGGGCAAGAAGGUCAAGGCCUUCAGAGAAGGCUCUAGAAAAUCCAUGAGGAUGAAGAAUUCAACAACAGAAGCAAAUGUGCUGGAUGAGAACACAGUAGAGGGCUGGGAAACAAAGAUCCGCCAGUGGACAGACCAGUACGAAGAAGCCUCGGCCAACCAAUACAGUGCAGAUGUCCAGACGUUGCUCCAGCUGCACCGUGCUGCUAGCACCACUGUCACAAAGACGGAGAGCAGCAGCACACCUCCGCCUUCUACUGCACAGCCUGACACCUCUGCUGAUAACAUGGACACCAUAAAUCGCACUGAGCUGGCCUGUAAUAACACUGUGCUUGGCUCACAGAUGCAGCUCCAGUUGGGUCGGGUAACACGAGUGCAGAAACACAGGAAGAUCUUGCGAGCAGCCAAGAAUCUAGAACCAGACACCCUCAUCAUUGAGUACCGGGGCAAGGUCAUGCUCAAACAGCAGUUUGAGGUCAAUGGGCACUUCUUCAAAAAACCCUACCCCUUUGUGCUGUUUUACUCCAAAUUCAAUGAGGUAGAGAUGUGUGUUGAUGCACGGACCUUUGGAAACGAUGCCCGGUUUAUUCGAAGGUCCUGCACCCCAAAUGCUGAGGUCAGGCAUAUGAUUGCAGAGGGAAUGAUCCACCUGUGUAUCUACGCUGUCAGUCAAAUCACCAAGGAUGCCGAGGUCACCAUUGGAUUUGAUUACGAGUUCAACAGCUGCAAUUACAAAGUGGACUGUGCCUGCCACAAGGGUAACCAGAACUGCCCAGUGCAGAAGCACAACCUAAGCCCAAGAGAGAGCCUCCUGUGCCCCCCAUCCCUGCCUGCCCCCUCCUCAUUGGUGGGGGCAGAGACCCGGCGGCGGAAGGCUCGAAGGAGAGAGCUUGAGGGGUGUCUUGCUACUGCCGGCACCUCUGAUGAAAGCAACCAGCCCCUCGACCAGCACACAGAGACCAGAGAGCUCCAUGGAACUAGUGACACAGAGGAGGGACUCCUGGAUGAGGUCAAGCUGGAAGAGGGAGAGGAGGGAGAAGUUGGCGAAAAUGGAGUUGUGAUGGCGAGAAAAAGAGCAUUUGACAGCUUGGAAAAGAGGAGAACGAAAUUGGGGGGUGCUGAAGAGCCAAAGGAGGACAGCGUGGAGCCAGAAGAUGCGGCAGAGAACCCCUGUGGGGAAAAUCCCCCCACAACUCACUGCACAGGGGUGGGGGUCAGCACCCGCCGCACUACCUAUGUCACGGAACCCUCAUCUGUUGAAGCGGAGAGGGCCCCAUCAUCCUCAUUCUCCAAUUUGCCUGCCCCCAGCCUUGCCCCUAAGCCUCCCCCAGCCCGUUCCACUAAGCCACGCCCCAAGAGCCGCAUCUCACGCUACCGCUCCAGCUCAUCACAACGUGCACGACGCCAGAGGCAGGCCCUGGCCCAGCAGGCAGCAGCCGCUGCAGCAGCAGCAGCAGCAGCAGCAGCAGCAGCAGCAGCUGCUGCUGAACAGGGAGCUGUCCUAUGUGAGGAGGGGCCCCAAGGUCCUACUGGGGCUGACCUGGGCCUGGGGGAAUGCAACCUGGGGACCAGUCAGCUCCUGGAUCCAGAGAGUCAAGGCUCCAUGUACUUAAACAAAAGCAACAUCCGCUACCCUAAAACCAAGAAGUACCUGGUGACAGAGUGGCUGAAUGACAAGGUUCCUGGCGGGGAGAAAGUCCAGCUGGAGGUGCCUGUCGAGCGGCCGCUGCGCAUCACCACCGACCCCACGGUGCUGGCCACCACCCUUAACAUGCUGCCGGGCCUGUCCCAUUCACCCCUCAUCUGCACCACACCAAAACACUACGUCCGCUUUGGCUCACCGUUCAACCCUGAAAGACGUAGGCCCAGGCCACUCCAAAUGGAUGGCACCUACGGCUGCUACAAGAAGAGAUGGAUCAAGCAAGCAGAGGAUGAGAGCUGCUCAGUCAAUCUAGAGGAUGGCACCGAGUCUACUUCCUCUCACCAAAGUACUAGCAGCAGAUCCACCCCCAACCCUUUGUCAAAUGAACUCAAUGCACCCUUCAAGAAGCGCAGGUCAAAGUAUAUUGCAGAGGUAAUGCCAGCACCUUCGGAGCACUUGCUGCGCCCGCUGUCUCCCAUCUCGCCCCCCCUGCCUGAGGACUCACUCCACCCGCUGCUGAAUGCCCCCUGUAGCUCCCUGUUACCCAACGGUCUGGCCUACUCCCCCAUGCCCUCACUGCCAACCAGCCGAUGUAACACACCGCUGCAGUUCGAGAACAUAUCAUCCCCAGAGGCUUCUCCUGUCCACCGCCCAGAGUCCAUCUCACCUGAGCCAUAUCUAAGGACAGACUUUGACGGCCCAAGGCACCAGUUUCCUGACUUGUCCCUUUCCUCGAGUUUAGAAAGCCCUCUACCUAUGACAUUGGAUGAGUUUACUCUCUCUGGGGGACCUGCAGGCCACGAGUCCCAGAUCUCAGCCGUUGUUGGCACCAACUCCCUUACCCCAGUGUCUUGCCCCCACCCGGACCCAGCUACCCACCAUCAGAGCCGGGAACCGGCCUUCAGGACAGAAUUCAACCUUAUAUAUACUUGCUCACCUCUCAACGCCAACUUGGGUAACCCUUCGUGCACCGACAGGCGCCUCUCCCAGUCGGAGGGCAGCUUUUCCCCAGCAGAGUCCUUUUACAGCACCUUGAGUGCCCAGGGGCUCGUGGGGGAGGGUGGCCCUGGCCCAAUGUCCCCCUAUGGCGAGCAUCAUUAUGGAGGAGGCUACCCAGACAGUGGCACACCCCCUCACACCAGCAACCCACCGCAAAAGAAGAAGGUGUCUUUGCUGGAGUACCGUAAAAGAAAACAGGGGAGCAGCCGUGACUCAGAGCUGGGCAACAGUUCCUCCCUGGGUAGCACUCCAAUCCGACCAGGCUCCCACUACAGCCAGGAAUCCCAUCAUUCCCAUUCUCAUCACCAGCUACAGCUUCCUGCCUCCCCCCAUAGCUCUUUCUCCUCCCCAGCCCACACCUCCUCUAUCCCCCAGAUAGAGGAGGUCAGCCCCCCCGACCCCCACGGCUCAGCAGCACAGUCCCGAAACCAGGAGAGCAGCCACUGGAUGGUGCCCACCAGCGUAGAACGUCUGAGGGAAGGCCAGGGAGUCCUGGAGCGGGUCCUGAGAGGCAGCAUCAAGAUGGAACGUAUUUUAAAGAGGAGUGAUAGUUCGGUCCCAGCAGACAAGGAAUCAGAAACAGAGCGAUAUGAGAUCCCAGCAGGGUCCAUCGCUUCUCCCAUCAAGAGUCCACACAGAUACAGUCCUUCUGUCUACUCGCAUCAGUCGUGUGAGAGCCGCCGGCAGACAGACAGCCCAUCUUUCCUCCAGCAGAGCUCCUCAUCUCCAUUCCGUGCUUCCUACAGUCCCUCUGGUCUUCCUUCGGCAGGCCAGAGCUUCUACCCCCGGCUUUCUUGCUCCCACACUGGCCUAUCUCAGGACCACAGCCCAUCCUCCUAUCCCAGUCAAACCCCUACCUCCUCUGCCUCUUCUUCCUCCUCCUCCUCCGACUCCAUGCCACCAGGAGGCUCGCUACACCAGCAGAGUAGCAGCAGCAAUGUGGACGGAAGCCGCAGCUACGGUAGUAGCCAAUUAAAAGCUAGUCUCCUGAACAGCAGUGGUGUGGUAGGGUCUCCCACUUUGGGAUCUAGGGCCCAUGGCCAGACCAAAAUAGACUUAAGCACCCAGACCACC